AUGGCUGGACACCAGAAGGAGAAAGUGAUCACAGAUGAGGUCCACCAGAACCAGAUCCUGCGGGAACUGUACCUCAAAGAGCUACGAACCCAGAAGCUCUACACGCAGUAUCACGUGAAUCCACUCCGCAAGGUUCACACAAUCGCCAGAAAGCCCAUGUCUUGGCAUGAUAACCUGGAAGAACCUGCAGACGCCAGGUUUCUAAAUCUUAUCCACCAUGCUGCCCAGGGACCAAGAAAGAAAUACCCAGAGACACAGACUGAAGGUCAAGAGAUCGGAUGGGAUUCUGAGCCUUUGGUCAGCCCGCAACGUGAUGACCGCAGGCUGAACCACUUCAGGGUCUACAAUGACAUCACUCUGUACAAGGCUAAAAUGUGGAGCUUGGGAGAAGACGAUCGCCACAAGUAG